AUGGCAAGCGAAGUCCUUGAAGCCUUCAAGCGCUUUGAUGCUGAUGGUUCAGGCUCUAUCAGCAGGGAGGAAUUGAGUGAGGUCUUGAAAUCUUUGGACGAGACUUUAGAUGAACAAGUUGAUAACUUGUUGGUGCUUGCUGAUGCCAGUGGAGAUGGUGAAUUACAAGUGGAGGAGUUUGUGCGCUGGAUUUUUGCAGACGAUCAACAGCUCGCAAUGAGUGGGGUGCACGACAUCACUCUGACCAUCUCUGGCUGUUCUUUCAAGAAGCUCAAUGGGGAUUAUGUGCAACAAGUAGGCGAAUCACAUUGCCAAAGGCCCCUGUACUACUGUGCCAGCAACCAGCAGCUGCUCUUUUAUUGCAGCAAAUGGUCGCAGUGGUCCAUCUUUCAUAAGAUCAGUGGGUAUUCCAGCGCCCGUUUGAAGACCAAGAAAUCAGCUCACAGAGGUGAAGGGGUGACCUGGGACCUUUACCGAAAGGCCAAGAAGGGCUUCGUGGAGGAACCGGAAAUGACUUGUACUUUGAGAACGUCCUCAGAAACGCUGUCAGCCCCACCAGCCGAAUUCAUCCAGAUCUUGGAUGUUGAGGAGUUCGUUGGUGUCUUCAAGAAGCAAGAAGAGAUGAAGGAUGGCCGUCCUGUGUACUAUAACUCAGUCUGCAACGUCAGAAUUGAAUAUGACCAAGAGAAACAAAAAUGGGCAUUGUGGCCUUGCAAUACUGACGGAGUAAAAAAAGAGAAAACAACGCCCAUUGUGAGUGCAGAAACAGCCGGUUUCUCACCGGACAGAGCGACCUGGAGAUUUUUGGAUCAUCCCAUCCGCUUUGCCAGCAUAGAACCCAAAGCCGUGACGGACCAAGGAGGUUGGAAAGAUCCAGAUUUUCCACAUGACAUCUCCAGCAUCGGAGAGAAAAUGAAAGACGACCAAUACAUCACCAAGGGCCUUGGAGCCAACUUCGAUGAAGGAUGCGAAUGGAUCAGGGCCAUUAAUUUGACUCCAGAUGAAGAACCACUGCUCUUUGGUGAGGGACCUUUGGUCGCAUCAGGUCAAGGAAAUGUGGGCGAUUGUGGCUUGAUCGCAGCGAUCGCAUGUGUUUCGGAGUUCGACGGAUUUGUCAAAAACAACAUCUUUAUGACCAAGGAGAUAUCCCCUGAUGGAAAGUACACCAUCCGGCUUUUUGAUUAUCGAGACAGGAAGUGGAAGGAGAUUGAGAUCGAUGACUACUUGCCAUGUAUGGUACACAGAGGCUUAGAGGGCUUUGAGGAAGGCUUCCUGGUGACUGCCCGUCCUUUCUUCUGCGACAUCAGUCCGGGCGAUGGCAUUUGGGGAGCCUUGCUGGAGAAGGCUUUCGCGAAGAUGCACGGCGCAUGGGCGAAUCUGGAUCGCUUCAAUCCUAACCUGGCAUUCAUUUGCUUCACAGGUGAAUUUGAAAGCUGCUUUUAUUUUGUUCCGUCUGGCAAAGCUGCUGAGCAACCGACAUGGCGCAUCCUGAAGGGAGGCGUCAAAGUGGCAGAGAGCUCAGGACGACUGGCAGAAGGAGCUCAGGUCCAGGAACUGGAGCGCAAGCGCAGCUGGAUUCGCUUCAAAAAGAUCGAAGGCGAUGGCCCAGACGAAGGUUGGUUCUCCUACUAUGUGCGAGGCCACCGAGUGGCCACCCGGACAACAAAACGACAGCGGCACCAAGAUACCGACGGACGCCCAGAAAUCGAAGAUGACUUUUGGGCCACACUUUUGGAGAACGAUCGUGCCAACUACAUGAUGAUCGCUGGCGGGGUGUCCAAAACCAACAAAAAUACGCAACUCUACGACAACUUAACCGUCACGCACGCAUAUUCGCUCCUCCAUUGUGUCGAGGUGGAAGGAGUGAAGUUGGUUCAGUUGAGGAACCCGAAAGGCCAUGCUGAGUGGCAAGGGCCUUGGAGUGAUGAGAGCUCGGAAUGGAAACAGAACCCAGGCAUCAGCAAGGCCUUGCGGGUGAAAGUUCCCAACAGCAAACAUCGCUUUCCGAGAGCCACCGAUGAUGGCUGCUUCUGGAUGGAGUUUGAGGACUUCGAGUGGAACUUCGAUUUCGUUAGUAGCUGCCGAGUGUCCAUGCCUUCGAAACAUGCGGGUUUCCAGCUUGGUGAGAUGGAGUGA